UUCCGUGAAAAAGGAUCGAAGAUGGGACUGAAAUCUCUCCUCGUUGUUUCGCUGGCGGCUCUGGGGAGCGCCGUGCCGGUUGCGAACCCGCUUGAAGCGAUCCGGGCUGCUGGUCCUGCUGCCGGUGUUGUCAUCACCAAAUGCAGUGCGCCCAACCAGAUCGCUCUGGCAUAUGACGAUGGCCCAUACCAAUACACGCAGAGGCUUGCUCAGAUUUUGAGCAAUGGCGGAGCAAAGGGCACUUUCUUCGUGACUGGCACGCUCUAUGGAUGCAUCUACAACCAGCGUGCAGCCGUCAAGGCCGCGUACGACGCCGGCCACCAGAUCGCCUCGCACACAUGGAGCCACCCCUCAAACUUCGGCAGCAUGUCCUCGGGUGAUCUUACCCAGCAGAUGCAGCGCCUGGAACAGGCCCUCGUCAACAUCAUCGGCGUCAAGCCCACCUACAUGCGACCUCCGUACCUUGCAACGGGCGGAAGCGUACUGUCCACGAUGAAGACGCUGGGAUACCGCGUCAUCACCGACGACGUCGACUCGGAAGAUUGGAAUGGCAAGACCCCGCAGCAGAGCCAGCAGAAGUUCCAGCAGGCCGGUGCCGGUGGAAACGGACACAUCCCGCUCAUGCACGAGACGUACCAGAGCACAGUCGAGACAUUGACGCCUUGGUUGAUCAACUGGGCCAAGCAGAACAACUUGAAGAUGGUCACUGUUGCCGAGUGCCUGGGAGACACGGCUGCGGGUGCUUAUGUGCCUGGAACUUCCAAUGGCCAGGGUUCUUGCUGA